UUCUGCUGCUCACAGAAUAAUUGUGUUCAAGCCGACGUCGUCGUCACUCACUUCGAAGCCAAGGAAUGUUGCUCUGGUCACUGCAUUGGGACAGAGGUGUUUUCAGUUUCCCGUUAACUCCAGAACGCGGACCGCUUUGCCUAUAGUAACUGAGCGAGUUUGACAUAUUGUAUAUUUUUUUUCGAUAAACGAGAGCUGUACCGACGGUGGGCACUUUAUUGAAGUCUUGUUGCUCUGCUCUUUAUCAAUUACAUUGAACUUUGAAAUCCACCUCUCACCUACACGUUUGGGAUCACGUUGAGGAAUUGAAACGUAAGAUUUUUGAAAACUUUCCCUUGCGUUACAAGAAUAGAAUAGAAUGCUCGACACAAUGUAUGUUUGCUUCGAAAUUAAGCGCCUAUGGUGCCGAGAUGAAAGGAAUUAGGAAAUAUCUAUGAACACACGGACAUCUAUGCCUGAGCGGGGUCAUCAUACAGAGAAGAGGCUGGAUGAGGAACACUGCUGGUGCUAGCCUGGACAUUAUUCAUCAACAACAGAGCUGCUGAUAAAAGCAAACAACUUCUGUGGGAUAAAAAAAAAAAAAAAUUGGGGUCAUCGUUGUUGCUGGUCACUGAGAUACUGAGAUAUGGGUUCUAGCCUGACAUGUGCGGGCGUGGUGUGGGCUCUGCUCUCCUUCCUGUGUGCGGCGGCCUCCUGUGUGGGUUUCUUUAUGCCAUACUGGCUCCUAGGGUCCCAGAUGGGUAAACCGGUCUCCUUUGGGACCUUCCGGCGGUGCUCGUACCCGGUGCGUGAUGAGGUUCACCAGGCCACGGUGAUGCUGGAGCAGUGCGGGCGUUACGCCUCGUUUCAGGGUAUCCCCAGUCUGGAGUGGAGGAUCUGUACGGUGGUGACAGGGGUGGGCUGUGGCCUGCUGCUCCUGGUGUCCCUCACGGCCCUGAUGGGCUGCUGUGUAUCUGACCUCAUCUCCAGGACCAUUGGACGGGUGGCCGGGGGCAUCCAGUUUGUAGGGGCGUUGCUGAUUGGGUCGGGGUGUGCACUCUACCCUCUAGGUUGGGACAGUGAGGAAGUCCGACAGACAUGCAGCAACAUAUCCAACCAUUUUGAGCUUGGUUCUUGUGAGAUUGGCUGGGCGUUCUACUGCACAGGAGCAGGGGCAGCAGCAGCCAUGAUGUUAUGUACCUGGAUGGCCUGCUUCGCUGGGAAGAGACAGAAGCAAUACCCGUACUGAUGGCAUCAAGGCAGGACAGCCAUGAUGACAACUUGAAACAACACUUGUCAUCACCAAACAUUUGAGACUCAGAGCAAGGGAGAAUAUCAGGGGGACAGAGUCUGUAGGCUAGCUAUGCACUCUGUCAUAAGUGAAAAGUAAAAGAGCGGACCACCUUGUGCUGUAUUUGAUGCUGCAGUAGAAAGCAAUACACAACACAUGUAAUGAGACACUCCAUUGUUCUGCAGAGCACUUCAAAGAGUGGAGUCUACAUACUUGGUUGUCAUUGACAGUAAGAGCAACAACAUGUGUUUCCAUCUCUCUUUUCUAUUUUCCAUGUUUUGUUUGGUUGCUCCUCUAUUCCCCCUCUAGUCUGUCGUGUUCCAGUCCCUAUACUAUAACUCUUCAUCGUAACUGAAGUAAUGGCACAACCUGUGGUAAAGAGAAAUUACUCUACUUUUGAUGUUACUUUGUUAUUGUGAGUAUUUUAUAUCCUGUAUUUAAUUAAUAUGUUAUGUACCCCCAUGUUGGCUUAGUGUUGCCUUAAAUAUAUAAACCUUUACUGGUAACUUGCAAUAAUCUUGAACUGUUAUCAUGUCUAUUUACAGUAUAUCUAUAAACAGGGACUAUUGAAGUCCCUAACCAUGUACAUCUGUCAAAUUUGAAUGAUGUAUGUUUUGUGUAUUAUGUUUAUUCUAUUAUAAUAACAUAUUCGCACCUUUUGUAUGAAACACUAUGUCUAAUUUGACUUGGUUUUGUAAAUACAUUGUAAAUAAAUAUUGUUACUUUGAAGUCUUAAUUAACAAAUAAAACGUUCAGCAGUGGAGAAGUUGUAGUUCCACUGCUGCGCCACUUUAUCUGAAUUGAA